CUUCAAGAAGCUGUUGGCCCAGAGCUGACUAACAAAGACCUUGUCCCAGCCUUCCAGAGUCUUUUGAAGGAUUGUGAGGCAGAGGUCCGUGCAGCUGCUGCCCAUAAAGUCAAAGUCUUUUGUGAGAACUUAGAACCAGAAAGUCGAGAACAGCUCAUCAUGGUUAAUAUACUACCCUGUGUCAAGGACCUUGUUAUAGACACUAACCAACAUGUAAAAAGUGCAUUAGCCUCAGUCAUCAUGGGGUUAUCACCAAUUCUGGGCAAAGACAAGACUAUAGAACACAUGUUACCACUGUUCCUGACACAGUUGAAGGAUGAAUGUCCGGAGGUGCGACUGAACAUCAUCAGUAACUUGGACUGCGUGAACGAAGUGAUCGGAAUCCAGCAACUGUCACAGUCAUUACUACCAGCUAUAGUGGAAUUAGCAGAGGACAGUAAGUGGAGGGUGCGGCUGGCCAUCAUCGAGUACAUGCCGUUAUUGGCAGGACAACUAGGUGUCGAGUUCUUUGACGAGAAACUGAACGCUCUCUGUAUGACAUGGCUCCUCGAUCAUG